AUGAUAGAAGUUUUAUAUUUACCAAAAAACACGACUACUGUGCUUCAACCGAUGGAUCAAGGAAUCAUUAGAUCAUUUAAAUCUCAUUUCAACAAAUUUAAAUUUAAACAUAUAAUUGAACAAAUAAACUACGGUGACGCAACUAUUGAAUGCUAUAAAAAAUUAACCCAGAAAGAUGCAAUCUUAUUUUCUUAUCUAGCCUGGAAAGAUGUGUCAGUGGAUACAAUAUCAAAAUGUUUUCAGCACGCCAAAUGGGAAAACAGAAUUGAAGAACCUAUUAUGGGAGACCAUAAAAUAAAAAAUUUCGAACAAAUUAUAGAAAAAUUAAUGAUCACAGAUCCCAUAAAAGAGGAGGAGUUUAUAGACUUUACGUACUCUGAAAAUGACGAACUUCAUGAAUUUGUUCAAAACAAUAACUAUGAAAAUAACGAUGAAAAUGCAAUUUUAGACAGUUCAAUUACUGAAGAUUGUGAAAGAAACAACUGUAUUACACAUCGAGAUGCGAUAAAAUGUAUUUCGGACCUCAAAAAAUAUUUUUCACAUGACGAUAAUUUUGAUGUGAAUAUGCUAGAAAGAUUAUUAAAAAUAAACUAUGAAAAAAAUUGUUUUACCAAAAAUGAAGUUUGCUUCCAAUACGUCUCCGGGACACUCCAUUAUUUUCGAGUGACCCAAGACCAAUGGGAAGACCGGAUCAUCAGAAUGAAAGCAGGUGGAUUAAACGCAAUUCAAACAGAACUACUUCCCAGUACAUACCAAAUGGGCGGACCAAUUAUAAGUGUCCUCUUUACUACUGACGGUGACUGGGAGUCUGCCUUGAAAAGAGGUUCUAUUAAAGGUGUCUACACUGGAGUCGAUUUUGGUCCUGGAGAUAUUUUUAAGGCAUUUUUGGCCAUGAGGAGAGUGCAAGAGGACGGGCCUCUUCUAAACAGUGAGUUUUAUCCUGGAUGGUUCACUACUUGGGGAGGUAUUAAAGUCAAACAAAAUGUAAAUUCUGUCACAAAAAGCUUUAAUCAAAUGCUUUAUAUGAAAGCAAAUAUUUAUGUCUACGAAGGCGGAACCAAUUUUGAAUAUUAUAAUGGAGGCUAUUACAGUGGGCAAAGACUGAGUCCUAUAAUUACAAGCUAUGAUUAUUCUGCUCCACUGGGAGAAGGGGGAACCUACACGCCACUCUAUUACUCCAUUAGAAAUAGUAUAAUCAAAUAUUUGGGCUGGAAUCCCCCAGAAGUUCCCCCUCCUGUAAUAAAUAUAAAAUACCCCAAAAUCAGUUUAUCUCAGGGGGUUGUGUUUGUUAAUGGAUUCAAUCUUGGGAGGUUUUGGAAUAUAGGACCUCAGAGGUCCCUUUAUCUUCCUUAUCCGUUUUUAUUUGAGGGGAUUAAUCGUUUUGCUGUUUUGGAACUGUCUGGUUUGGCUGGAAUGGUCAAUCGUUACUUGGAGUUCUCAGAUGUAGCAAUUUGGGAUUAAAUUAAUUUUUAUAAUCCUUGU